AUAUUGUAGAAUUUAAUUCUCUUAUGUAUUACAAUUAAAUUUAUUAUUAAAGAAGUAAUGGGUUAAAAAUGAAGCUAUAUAAACUGAUAGUACAUCAAAAAACCUUUAGUGAGGAAGAUUUAAUAAUUAAUCCAAAAGAUCAUCCUAAUAUAAAAACUGGAGAUGUUGUUGAAAUUUAUCAUCCAGAAGUUGAAUUUAGUCGUUUACUUCUUCAAGUCACAUCAUUUAAAGAAGAUUUACAAGGACGUGAAACAAUUAGUGUGGAAAAUAAUGUAGCCACAAUGUUUCAAUUAAGAACAUUUACAGAUGUAUAUAUGAAUGUUGUUAAUCCAGAUGAUGUAGCUUUGGAUUCUGUUGAACUUACUUUUAAAGAUCAAUAUUUGGGUCGGAGUGAAAUGUGGAGACUAAAAAAUAGUUUGGUAAAUACUUGUGUAUAUAUGAACAAAAAGAUUGAAUUCUGUGGAGGCAGUAUAAGAUGUCAAGUAUAUGAAAUGUGGUCUCAAGGUGACAGAGUUGCUUGUGGUGUUAUAAAUAAUGAUACUAAGGUUGUGUUUCGUUCUUCAACAAGUAUGGUAUAUCUUUUCAUUCAAAUGAGUUCAGAAAUGUGGGAUUUUGAUAUUCAUGGUGAUUUAUAUUUUGAGAAAGCUGUUAAUGGAUUUUUAGCUGAUUUAUUUCAAAAAUGGAAAAAGAAUGGCAGUAAUCACGAAGUAACAAUAGUUCUAUUUUCAAGAACAUUUUAUAAUGCUAGCAGUCCAGAAGAAUUUCCAAAUCAUAUGCACUAUCAAAAAAUUGUAUUAGAAUAUCACCAAAAACCAGGUGUUUCUAUACCAAAAGCAGUUAAUUCAACAGCUGCCCAAGGCAAUUUUUUAGAAGUUUUAAAUAUGUCUUUAAAUGUAUUUGAGAAACAUUAUCUGGAUCGUAGUUUUGAUAGAACUGGUCAAUUAUCUGUAGUGAUUACACCUGGUGUAGGUGUUUUUGAAGUUGACAGAGAAUUAACAAAUGUUACAAAACAAAGAAUUAUUGAUAAUGGAGUUGGUAGUGAUUUGGUGUGUGUUGGUGAGCAGCCAUUACAUGCAGUACCUCUGUUAAAGUUUCAUAAUAAAGACACAUCUAUUAAUGCACCUGAUGAUUAUAGUAUGCCACAUUGGAUUAAUCUUAGUUUUUAUUACAAUAAAAAAAUUCCCUAUUCAACAUUUAUACCUCGUAUAAAACUUCCCCAAAGGAUAUCAAAACAAUCAAUGGAAAACGGAAAAUUGCAAUGUAAAAAUAAACUUUUGCAAGAAGAUCCAAGAGAAUGUUUACAUAAUACUUUAUUUGAUUAUGAUGCAUAUGAUGCACAAGUUUUUCAGUUACCUUCAGUUCAUACAUCAAGUUUGCAACGGGUUACAACAAGAACUAAAAAGACAAGUGUUACAAGUAUGGAAACACAUAAUAAUGCACAUAUACUAAAACUUUUAAAAAGAAAAAUGUCAGAUCCUGAUAUACAUCAUCCACCACCUGAAUCUCAUUCACCUCCAGCUGCUACAAGAAGUGCAGCAAUUUUAAUACCUUCUAGAAUAGAUGAUAUAACUAGUAAUGAAUCUAAUGGAGAAGUUAAUGAAUCAAGAAUAUCGGUAAAAAGCGAUUUAACCGAUUCAGAAAUAUCACCACCAUUUAGGCCAGUUGUUGGUAGUGCUGGAAGUCCUACAAAUACAAUAUCUCAACCUACAAAUAUUAGACCAAGUAGAGCACUUAUAAAUCCAUUUGAUCCAUCUCAUGUUACAAUUAAAUUAACUAGCAACAGACGGAGAUGGACGCAUAUUUUUCCUAAAGGACCAACAGGUGUGCUUAUACAGCAACAUCAUUAUCAAGCUGUACCAACACAAAUGUGUUCAGAAUCACAAUCUGACAUUAUUUCUACUAUAAGUGGUUCCCCUAUGGAACAUAAUGACGUCUCUAAUUCAAAUAAUAUUCAAGAUCAUACAAAAAUUAAACCACAAAGAUUAAAUCUUUCAUUAUCAAAUGCUGAUAAAAGUGGGAAUCCAAUAUCUUCUACAGGAAAUAAGUCUUUAACAUUAUUAUGGGGUGCUACUGGUGAACAGGAAUGGACACCAGCACUUACCACAGCAAUCAUAGGUGUUGAUUGGAAAUCAUUGACAAUUCCAGCAUGUUUGCCUAUUACUACAGAUUAUUUCCCUGACAAAAGAAGCUUACAAAAUGACUAUGUGGUAUCAGAUUAUAAUCUUCUACCUGAUGAUGUUAAUACAGAUUUUGCUCAACAACGAGCUAUAUAUAAAAAACCUUUAACAACUGCCGAAGUAUUUAAAGAACUUGUAUCGCAAAGAUUAGCGCAGGGUUUUCAAUUAAUUAUCUUAGCACAAAAUAAUAAAAAUCAAAGCAAUACACCUGGUAGUACUACUGUUCCUGCAAUAAGUUCUGUAAUGCGAGGACGGCAAACAGAAUCAGAACCUAAAGAAGAAUAUUUGCUAAGUAUUGGUAGAAUAUUUCAUAAAAUAUCUUUAUUUGAUAAUUGUAUAACAGUAACAAGAUAUCGGCCAAGACAUCCAUAUCCUCCAUUUAAUAUUCAUUAUCUUUAUCGAUUUCAUGCACCACAUCACGAUACUUAUGAAGUAUCAUGGAUAUCUUUUACAACAGAAAAAUUAGAAAAUUAUAAUUGGAAUUAUUUGGAUCAUUAUAUUUGUACUAGGGGUCAUACCGAUUUUGCUUUAGUAGAGGCACUUAAAUAUUGGAGAUUUCGCGUAUUUUUACUUCCUUUACAUAAUUCUGCGACUCGAAAAUUUUCAGAAGGAUCAUCAAGAUGUGACAUAUACACACCUCUCACUACUUCUGAACAAGUUUCUCUUUUGGAUGGAUUUUUACGAUUCAUUGAGCUAUGGCCCAAUAAAAUAAGACGCCCGAAUCCAAAUAAAAAUUGGAACCCUUCAACUCUAGGUGGUGUUUCCCAGAGAGAUCCUGCCUCUCACUUGACCAGGCGCAGGCACAGCACGAGCCUGAUUGUCCUCACUAACCAGACCAAUCUAGUCGGCAGCUCUCCCUUCAGGGAGCGACUCGGAAGCAAUCGUCUACCAGAGAAACCGAGACCAAGAUCAGGUUCCAAAGUGAUGGAUAGAGGACGAAUCUCACCUGCUAGUGAAGCUGUGUUACCUCUUUCACUUGAGCAACAGCAAGAUCAUUUUGACUCUAAUGAGGAUAGUUCAAGCAUGGAAUUAACGAAGUUAAAAAAUACUGCAUCGAAUAAUGAAAUUCUAGAGGCAAUGAAACAUUCACAAAAUGGAGUGGGAUUUCUUACACAACAUCCAUCUCUUCCAAGCCAAACAUUUGUUAGUGCAGAUGCAGUACAAUGGUUAAAUAAUCAUAUAGAAGGAGGAGUGACAGUAGAGAAUGCUACUAAUAUAAUGAAUGGUAUGAUACAGGAUAAAUUAAUAUGUCAUGCAUCUGGAGAUUUUUCAAAACCAUUCAUUCUAGGAUUUUAUUUAUACCAUAUAGUACAAGAUAAAGAAAAUCAAAGAGCUGGAGAUUAUUUUUCACCUUUGGGAGACUUGCAAAGUUUUGAAAAUGAAUGGGUAGAAGUUGAAAUAAAAGCACCCAAAGGUUGGUGCGAACCUCCCUCGUCAGGAUCAUUUCCUCCGAUGACUAUAUCUAGCUGCGAUACCGUGGAUGAAUCAAACGUAGUAUCGUUUCUCAAAGAUGAUUUAGACAUAUCAGACAUUGCAGAUGAAGCAGAGUGGCAAGUUCCAUUAUAUAAACACACUCAUUUAGAUAUAGAUAUAAACAAUAAAAGUGAUAGGAUUGAAUGGGGACAUUUAAGAUAUCAAUCCAUAUAUAAAGUGGAUCAUUCUUAUGAAUUAGUAGUACAAUGGGUUGCAUCAUCUGGUAGUAUAGUUGCUGAUCUUAUAUUUGUGUGCCAACGUAAAGCUCAAACAUGUGGAAUUCAAAUGGUUCCUAUUCCCAGUGAUUUGUUAGCAUUACCAUUCACUUUAAGAAGUGAUCCUUUAAGGGGACCUAUUUUUAUACCGUUAAAUACCGAAUGUCUUAUGGCAAAUAAACGACAUCUUUUUGAAGAAUUUCGAGAGGAAACCUAUGCACAAAGAUUCUUUCUAUUUCAAGAAACAAUCGUACAAAGAUUUGGUUUUGUUCCAUGUUUAAUAGAAAGUACUGAAAAUGAUCAUCAAUAUGUUCACAUGACUGGCAAUGCAUUUAUAUUAAUUCCUUCUACAAUAAACACAAAAACUCGUCCUCGAACUGCUACUAAUAUUGUAAGACGAAAUACAGGACAGAAAGGAUAUCCAAUUCAUUCCGAUCAACCUAGUCCUCAUGAAGCAUAUAUUACAAGACAUGUUAGCGGAAAAAAUAAAGAUGAUUAUAAUAAAGAUAAAAGGAUUGGAUUUCUUUGGUCAUGGAAUCAUAUGAUUAGUCGAAAAUGGAGAUCGUCAUCUACAUUAAUCGGCGAUGAAUUAUUUCAAAAAAAACUUAUUCAAGACUUUAGACAUUUUUGUUCAAAUGGGGACAACAGAUUAAAACAAUUUUGGGAAUCUUGUUGGGAAAUUAAAGAAAAAUCAUGUACGAAAACGAACUAAAAUAUCAAGUAAAAUAUAUAACAUACAUAUUGUUUUAUAAGUUAACAUCUUAAUUAUAGUAUUUAAGGAAUUUAAUUUCACUAUCAUUAAAAUAAGUAUCUCAUUUAAAUAGUUAAGAAAUAAUUUAAACUGUACUAUGUACUUGUGAUACAAUUAUUCUUAUAAAAACGAAAGUAUGUACAAAAAUUAAUGAUAUAUUUUAGUGUUUAAAAAACAAUGUAAAAGAACUGAAAAGCAAUGUUUAUAAUACAUAUUUCAAGUUUACUUAGUUUGCAUAAGAUAUUUGUUUACGAAAUUAAUGAUGGUAAUAAAUUUAUAAUUUUUGUUACUAA